GGCAGAGCGUUUGCGAAGGCUGGCCAGUCUGCCUUGCGGCUCCGGGAACUCUCUGUGGUCCCGCUCCCUGCCAGGUUCGUGGACGUCCGUCGCACCGCUCCGACACCUCCACUCCAAUCAUCGACACCAGCUCCUGAGCUAACGGAUUUUAACUGACGAUUUCUCACGUAAAUCUUCAGCAAGAUGACGUUCUGGCAGGAGAACUACGGCUUCGUGAAGGAUGUGUACGACUUCCGCCUUCAGAAGUAUCAAGAAUGGAUGGACAACUUGGAGGGAAUCGUGUCGAAGGUGAUGGCCCAAAAUGUCCAGUAUACCUACAAGGAGUUCAAGAACAUCCAGGACAGUCUUGCCUCCCUGUGCCGUGACCUGGAGAAGGAGGGCAUGAAGGAGUGGCUGGACAUGAUGCUGGAGAAGGUAGCUAUGCGAGUGUCUGACGAGGCCACCGUCAGUUCCAAGGACAAGGAGUUCAAGGCAGCCGAGAAGAAGAAGCUGCAGGCGCUCAUCGACCGCCACAACAAGUUGAUGCCUUCUACGCAGGAGUCUCAAGCCAAGGUGGACGUGUAUGCCAGGUGCUACGCUUACGGUGACGACAUCAGUGCUUGCCUCAAGACCCUGGAGGAGAUGCGUCACUUGUCAGUCAAGGAGAUCCAUCCUCACAACAUGAACAUGGUUGAGGAGCAGAUCGAGAAAGUUGAAAAGAUUAUGAACACCAUCGACGGCCAGAGGGAAACUUACGAGGAGCUGCUCAAGCGAGGUAAGAAGCUCCUCCAGAACCCCAACAAAGCUCCCUUCCUCACCGAUCUCAUCGAGAAGAUGGAGAACACCUGGGUGGAGGCCAACGACCUCUCCAAGAAGAGGCACUCCAUGCUCGUCAACUCCGCCAAGGACUGGGAGAAGUACGAUGAACUCCGAGCUGCCAUCAACGAUCCUAUAGAGAAGCUGGAGGGCGAGCUGAAGCGCUACAGGAAGUUCUUCGACCCCGUGAUGGGCGCUCGCAAGCUGGCUCAGAAGAGAACCACCUGGGAGGAGCAGAAACAGUUAGCUGAUGACAUGUUUGCCAACAUCAAGAAGUGUUACAACACCAUCAUCGUCCUUGCCGGUGAUGACAAGAAGGAAUUCCUCGACAAGGAGGUUGCAGAUGUUGAAGACAAGAGAAAUGUCAUCGAAAAAUGUAAUGUUAAACUGAACAAGCUCUUCGAGUACAACGAGAAACUGGCCAAGGCAGUAAACCACGCCAAGGCUCUCCAAGACUGGGCUAGCCCAACCAACACCAAGCUCAAGGAGAUCACUACCGACCCUGACCUGAGCCCCGAGGACCGUGUCAAGGAGAUCCUCAUCCUUCAGGAGCAAGCACAGGAGAGGCUGCCACAGAUCGACCCCCUCAAUGCCGAAUAUAAGGCUUUACUCACAGACGAGGACCUUGAGAAAUCCGAGACCGCCAAAAAGACCCUGGCAGAUUGGAAUGAAACCAAGGCGUUCGUGACUGAAGUGUGCCAGGAGGUGGAGAAGGAGGCUGGGUCCAUCUCACAGGACCAGCGGUUCUACGCCGACUACCUGUGCGGAGUGAAGGAUUUCAAGCCCUGGAUGGAGUCUGCUGAAGCCAAGAUCAAGGAGCCUGUCCCUAAGCCCACCUCCCUGGAAGACGCUCUUGCUCUGUUGGAGAGUGCCAAGGAGUUCGACAGUGUGUGCGCUAAGGAAAAGGAAAAGCUGGACUCUGCUGGCAAGGCCCGCGACUCCAUGGAGAAGGCUAGCAGCACUGAGAAUGAGGUUGCUCCUCUUUCCAACCGUUGGGACACUGUCAAAAAGACCGUUGUGGAACGAGUAGAGAAGAUCCAGACCCUCGUGAAGACCUGGGAGGACCUGAAAACCACCACAGACGACCUGUCUGUCAAGGUGUCCGACGUGACCGCCAAGGAAGAGCCCAACCUCGAGGAACUGGAGAAGGUUUACGCCUCUGUGAAGGUUCUCUUUGACAAAAAGAAAGAGCUUCUUGGAGCUAUUUAAACAUUUUUUACUAUUUUGGAAAAUAAUAAGAGAAGAAAAUUAUAUAUUCUAUGGAUUGCACUUAGCAUUCAAUACACAUCUUUCAUGUUUAUAAUUCUAGCCCCAGUGGGCCGUCCGUGAUCAGUUUCAAAGCUGCAAGAGAUUGAAUCGAGAACGAGAGAGGAGAAAAACAGUGUUUAUUUUCAUUCACUAGGUACUACUUAAAGAUGUUGAAAAUAUUACUAAGCCAUAAAUAUUCCCAAAACAUAUCUCUGGCUAUAUGUAUAAGGUGGUUAUAUCAGUAAAUUGUGUACUGUCGCUGGCCGCGCGUGUUCUAUGUUGAAAGAGUCCCCCCCCCCCUUCCCUCGCUGUUGUCUGUCUCCUUUCAAUACACUUCCCUUCUUAUUUUCUAAAUAUUUUAAUCUAUUUCCUUCCAGUGGAAUUAUUUAUUAUGUUAUUGAAUAUUAUUACGAUUGUUGAUGGCUAAGAGAAGCAUAUAUAUAUAAAUAUAUAUCAUCUCAUAUUCACACAACUCUGAAUGAGAUAUUAGAGCAACAUGGUAAGAGGCGUUCUAAAAGAAUAUCACAGUAAUUCUUCAGUUCCUGGCACACCCCCGAGUCCCCACAACAAUGGGUGUACUUUCCUACUGUCAUUCACUGCUGGAUAAGCGACACAUGUUUCCGUACGUCGAUACACACUUCCGUGUUUCGACACCAUAUCAACCAGACCCAAUAUAAUUUCUGCUUUCAGGCAAGGAAGUUCCAAGUGCCAUCAUUGCAUAGUAUAAUAAACUUGCGAAAUGUAA